AGCCCUAUAGAAGCAACAUAGAGAUAGACAUACAUAUACAUAUACACACAGUAUGAGUUCGACAGUACCAGCAUGGAAGAGAAUAGGGUUAAGUGUUAAGAAGGAUUCAGGUGAUGAUUCCUUGAAUAUCGCCACCACCAGAGUAGAAAACGCCGAUUUAACAACCAAACAAAUCAAGAAGUUGAGCAACAAGACUAAAGCUCAAUCCCAACAUAAAAUAGAAAAGAAAAAGCCACCAAAGAGGAUAAAGUUGCCUAAGAGUGAAAGACCACCACCACCAGUAAAAGACCAGUUGACUUACUUGAAACAAUUUGAGACUGACAGAGACAACUGGAAGUUCAGUAAGCAGAAACAAAAUUGGAUUUUAAAGAAUAUCAAGAAUAUCCCCCAGGAGUACGAAACCUCUUUGGCUGUGUAUAUAGAAUCCUUACAGGGAGGAUCGAGAGACAGAUUAAUUCCUGAAUUGAAACAAGUUAUUGAAAAGUGGAAUGUUCAAUAUGAAGAAGCGGAAAGAAAGAUCGAAGAAGAAUUGGCCAAGAAAGCAGAAGGAUCUGAAACUAGCAAUGAAGAAAAGGAAAAGAAAGAGUCUGAGCCCGAGAAAGCAAGUGAAGUCAACUUGGAGUAUGCUGUUAGGUGUUUCAAUUUACUUAAGAAGUUAACCGAUGAUGUCAUAAAAGUUAAAGGAACUGAAGACGAAGAAGACGAAGAAGACGAAGAAGAAGACGAUAAAACAGCUCACAACCCCCGAAGCAACUUGAUUAUUAGUGAAGUAGAUGUAUAGAAAAAUAUAACACUCCCUCU